UUGACAUUUGUCAUACGCGUCGGAGAUGUGUCAGUGAGCGAUCGCUUGCCGCUUGGUGUAUAAUUAUUGAAUCGUAAAUGUGGUGCGUUUGUGUGAUAAUGAGAAAACACAUUUUAGAUUACCUAAUUAUAAAGUGAUGUAAGUGUUCCGAGUGCAGUGUUCCGUUUGAGAAGUUGAUUUCUUUUGUAUGUCAUCGGACUGAUCAACAUGGCGGCACCUCGUCAGAAGUCACAACAGAAAAACAUUUCUUCGAUAUUUUCGAAAUUGCACGGCGCGUUCUCCGACGCCGUGUACCCUUCGAAACUUGCGACUGACAAGAGGACACUAGACAAAACUUGGAAGUUGAUGGACAAGGUGGUGAAACUGUGUCAGCAUCACAAGAUGAAUUUGAAAAACAGUCCGCCGUUUAUUCUCGAUAUUUUGCCCGAUACAUAUCAGAGGUUGCGCAUAAUAUACUCCAAAUACGAGGAUAACAUGGCCGAGCUGAAUAACAAUGAACAUUUUAACAUAUUUAUUAUUAACUUGAUUAGGAAGUGUAAACAGGCUAUAAAGUUGUUCAAGGAGGGCAAAGAGAAGAUGUUCGACGAGAACUCUCACUACAGACGUAACCUCACGAAGCUCAGCCUGGUGUUCAGUCACAUGCUGAGCGAGCUGAAGGCCAUGUUCCCCAAUGGCACAUUCGCUGGGGACCAGUUCCGUAUCACUAAAAGUGAUGCAGCCGAGUUCUGGAGGUCUAACUUCGGUAACAGCACCCUGGUCCCGUGGAAGCACUUCAGAGAGGAGCUGAACAACGUGCACCCCAUAUCCUCGGGGCUGGAGACGAUGGCGCUCAAGACAACCAUAGACCUCACGUGCAACGACUUCAUAUCCAAUUUCGAGUUUGAUGUGUUCACGAGGUUAUUCCAGCCUUGGAGCACGCUGCUAAGGAACUGGCAGUUGCUAGCGGUGACGCAUCCCGCGUACGUCGCGUUCCUCACCUACGACGAAGUCAAGGCUCGGCUGCAGAAGUACAUACAUAAGGCUGGAAGUUACGUGUUCAGAUUAUCGUGUACAAGGCUCGGUCAGUGGGCGAUCGGCUACGUCACAGUGGACGGAGAGAUUUUACAGACUAUACCACAGAACAAGAGUUUAGUACAGGCGCUCCUUGAUGGAUAUAGAGAGGGAUUCUACCUGUACCCGGACGGGCGGGACGUGAACCCGGACCUCAGCAGCGCCAUCAUAUCGCCAGCAGAGGACCACAUCACGGUGACGCAAGAACAGUACGAGUUGUAUUGUGAAAUGGGGAGCACGUUCCAGCUGUGCAAGAUCUGCGCGGAGAACGACAAGGACAUCCGGAUAGAGCCGUGCGGGCAUCUGCUGUGUACGCCGUGCCUCACCGCCUGGCAGAUCGACUCAGAAGGCCAAGGCUGUCCGUUCUGCAGGGCGGAGAUAAAAGGCACAGAGCAAGUUGUCGUAGACGCGUUCGUCCCACCGCGACCGCCUACAACUACUUCUGAUGUUAAAAUAGCAAAGACAGCUGUCAAACCCGUGUCAUCCAAUUCAUCUGGUUCAUCCGGUUCGUCGGGUUCAUCCAGCGGUUGUAAUGGUUCAAGUAACGAAGUGACGAUAUCAAGUAACUCAAACGGCUGGACAUCACGGAACACCACAUUCAACGGACUCACAGACGACAUCGACGAUCCAGAGGAUUGGUCAGAAUUCAACGCUGCCACAUCAACAAUAGACGCUCUCCGUCCGGGAGUGAGAUCCGCGGGUGCUUCUCCACGCCACUCUCCGCGAGCUGUGCGGAGAGCGCCCAUGCCCGCGGAGAAUGCAUACGGGGAGUUGAGAGCACCGCCCUUGCCACCGAGGAAGAGUCUCUCUCCGGCGGAGACUAUUGUCGCUGCGUCGAGUGUUCAGGACAUUGCAGCGGCUAGUAGCAUUAUGGAACCACGUCGCCGAUCGUCUCUAGAACCAGAGCCAGAUUCAAGGCAUCGUCUCACAUCUGUCAUCACAGGAUCCACGGAAACCAUCACUGGUCUAAUAGAUACGAGACAUGAGGUUCCUCCAGAUCCACGGGCGUUUGAAAAACCUCGAAGAGCCUGCACACCCCAGUCCAACAGUCGACCGCUUCCAGCACCACCACCCGAAAGACAAAACGAUAGAACAACGGAACUUAAACCAGAGAAACAAGACCACAAAUUACCAGAAAGGCACAUCGACAACAGAAUUCCAGAAAGACACAAUGACAACAGAUUACCAGAAAGACACAUCGACAGACAUCAAGACGUCAGGCAAUUGGAAAGACUUCUCGAUUGGCAAGACAACAGACUCCCAGAAAGACACAUGGAUAACAGAUUACCAGAAAGGCAACCAGAUAAUAGAUUACCAGAAAGACACUUCGAAAGACAGUCUGACAUCAAACCACCAGAACGUUACGAUAGACAAAAUGAUAGACUAAUCUCUCUAGAUAAAGAUAGACACUCAGAAUGUAGACAAUUUGAGAAAUUAGAAAGCAGAACAGAUAGAUCAAAUUCCGAGAAUAGAAUAUUGGAACGGCAUGCAGAAAGAUACGUGCAGGAUACAAGGCAUAUUGAUUUCCGAAAUCCACCAGAAAGACCUGACAAGCCUGAUAGGGAUAGGAUGCAAAGUUCUGAUAGGUCUAGCUUCGAUCGUGAUACCAGGGUCGAGAACCGAGCGCCGCCCAGGCAAAGGUCUCUGCCCACUACAACGUGUGGUAGUAUGGACGGUCAGCCGACAAAGUCGACUACGAUGCCAAAGUUCCCAUCUGAAGAUAUCAAGGAUCCACCGUACGAAAAUGUUGGUAUGGAGAAAAAUGAAUUGGCUGUUGCACCUAAAAGGAUCAACCCUCUAACCCACGACAAACAUGGCCGAAAGUACGGCGACAACGUGUCGUAUGAAAACAUUAAUUUGGAUUACAUCGCUCGUUUAGUAGGCGAGGGAUAUCCGAAAGACAUAGUAGUGCGAGCAUUGGGCAUCACAAGGAACGAUCUAGAGAUGGCCUGCGAUAUAUUACAUGAGUUCGGGUCAAAAGUGCAACAUAAGUGUUAGAGAUUGUUUUUUAAAAUUUUGUAGGCGGCACUGAUUUUUAACCUCUGGCUAAUUUAAAAAGGUGAACAGUAGUCGAUAACCUUUGGCUUAAUUUGGAAAACUUACGCCCUUCUUUAUAUAUAUGAAUUAAAAUUGAAACCUCAUUUUACUUCAAUGUAAACUGAACUCUAAGUAGUAGUGAUUAAGUCCACUUUACUUUGUAAAUUGAUGUUUAAAUUUUAAUCCAUGUUUAUGAAAAUGGCUGUUUAGACGAUCUUAAUAACUUCAAAGUAAUAACGACCUUGAUAAGUAUACUAUGAAGCUCAAUUUAACUUGCAAUUUAUUUAAAUAUCUUUUCCACACGGUAACGAUUUUUAAAAUAAAGAUGAUAAGGUCUAUAUUACUAUGGCGUUACAAAAUUUGCUAAGGGUGCGUUUACCUUUUUAAUUUAGCCCGUGUUUUUUGACAUUACACUUUUUAAUCUGUUACAUAACUUGACAUUUUUAUUCAAGAACUUUUGGUACCUAUUUGCACGCUUUGAAAUUUCUUUGUUAUUUAUAAUUAAUUAAUAUAAAUUAAUAAUGUAAAUUACUUUAUGUAAAGCCAUGCGUGCAUUUGACUGGAAUUACUUUUAUAAUUUAGAAAUCAGCAAAUAUUUUCGAAUACCAUUUGCAAUACCCAGCCAAAUGGACGCCAGGCUUCUUAUGAAUAAAUAUUUUGAAAAAAAAAAUACGUCCGUAACGGACACUCUAGGUCAAAAUUAAUAAAAACUAACUUAUCUUAGCAAUGUCUUAAAUUUCAUAUAUUAUGUAGAUUAAUAAUACUAUAAUAAUAACUAAAAUGGCGCGUGAUUAUUACGAUCUGGCGAGUUGAAUCUUAGCGUUUUAACUUAAAAUUAUUAAAUAAUUAAUUAAUUAUUAUUAUUAUUGUAAAUAAUUGCGUUUUAAAAAGUUUUUUUGUAAUGUUACUUGGUUUAGUGAAUUGUAUAAAAAAAGUAAAAGUAAACUUGCUAAUGCCAGACUUAUUGGUUGGAUGCACAGACAGAACAUAAAAUAUUGUAAUCCAUUAGUAUUAUAGAGAUAAAAUAUUUUUAGCUUUGAAGGUACUUCAAACAUAAGAUAUCGUAAAAGUUACUACAUUCAAAGUUUAAUAAAAGCAAUACAGCACUUGAUUCUUGUACUGUCUAAGUAAAGAGUACAGACUUAUACAGAAUCCUUUUCGAAUUUUCUACUGGGUUAUUCGUUAUCUUGGGUCUUUCGGAAGAUAAAGUCAUCCGAACCUGUUAGACAGUGGUAUGUUUUACUAAAAAAAAUAUUUCGUCUUCUUUAGCAAGAAAAAAGAAGAAGCAAAUCUUCUAUGGAACACCAUUAAAUGUCAAACAAGAUGAGUGGCAUUUUAUGAAAAGAAUCUAAUUAGCGAAUACUGCGGGCUAAUUCACUAUCUUUGACGUAUACUAGUUGACAUAUACGAAAUUGAGAUUAUAUGUAACAAAUGUCACACGGUGCCUACUGGUGGAUAAUAUACAGUAUGUGGAUGAAAUUUUGUCAAUUUAUUUGAUGUUUACUUUAAUAGGUUGAUAAUAAAGGCCAAAAUAGUGAAUAGGCUAACAGAUGUAGGUACAAGUUGCAAUAGUUAAGUAGUAUUUGUACCAAAGGGAUAAGUAAUUAAAAAAAUACCUUCGUUUCAGUUUAUCAUAAAGUGAUAUUUCUGACGUCUUGGGAUAUUUUAGUGUAGAAGCAAACCACUCUCUGACGUCACAAUCUCUUAGAUAGUCUAGAGAGAUUCGUAGAUGCGAGAACUCUAACCUUUAAUCUCAUAGUCUGCGGAGAAAAGAAGAAAUUUAAUCCUUUUACGAGCACUUUUAGAUCGUCAAUAUUGACUAUUUGUAGAAACUCUACAAUCGGUGUUAUAAUAGAUGCUAUGUUUUUCAUGAUACGGAACUCGAACUUUGAAUGGAGUAACUUUUAGGCAUUGAUAACCUUGAAAAUGUUGUAUUUAUUUGCAAUGAUUUAGUUUAAUAGACACUUUAUUUAAUUUCUUCCAUUUGUUCCUUUCGCUCUACAGAAGUUAACAACGUAAUGGCGCUCACAUCAAUGCAUUUCUGUUCCACCAAUCACAGCGCUUGUUUAAGCCAUCGCGCGCUGUGAUUGGUCGAACGGAUCACCUGCGGAUUGGUUCGGCCACGCUUUUAAUCAGUAUUGUACGCUAUGAACUUAUAGCUUUGUAUAUAGAGGUAUUUCAAAACCUAUAUUUUCAUAUAAAACGCUGUCUUUAAUAUUAAAAUAAUAAAAAGAUAUUCUCAAUUAAACACGCGAUAAUUAUAACGCGUGAAAUAUAUUUUUUCAUAUUUAUUGAGUGUCAAAACUUUAAAUGUCAUUCUUUGGGCGUAUUCAUGCAGAAAGCAGGAUGCUUGCGCCUGUUUUCUACGGAACACUCCCAUUGGCACGUUUGACUUAUAACUUGGCAAUAUUAAUGUUAAAUUAAAAUUAAUUUACUGUCAAGUACCUAAGUGUAGUAAAAGUUAUUGUUAACAGUCUAAUUAGUUAGCAAUAAACUUCUAUAUUAUAGUCUCAAAACGAAGUUUAAGUAAGUGACAUAAAAAAGCACCAUAUAAGAAACUUGAUAGUAAAUUAAUUAUUAUUGAUGUAAAUAUUCAUUCAUCAAUACAAAUAUUUUUCGUUUAUUUUAUUUGUAUUUUUCAUAAAAACAAUCCGAAUUAGACGAAGAUUUAAAUCUAAUGAUAUGGCCUGAAACUACAUUUUUACUUUGUUUCCGGUACGCACGCGUGAUCAUGCGUUGUUUAUGUAAGCGCGAAGUAGAUGGCGCUUUUUCGAAAAUAUUCACGGUCGGCUGCAUACACUCAUUCAUUAUUCGUUGACCACAUGAGAUUAUUAGUAUUUGACGGCCUCCGUGGCGCAGUGGUAUGCGCGGUGGAUUUACAAAACGGAGGUCCUGGGUUCGAUCCCCGGCUGGGCCGAUUGAGAUUUUCUUAAUUGGUCCAGGUCUGGCUGGUGGGAGGCUUCGGCCGUGACUAGUUACCACCCUAUCGACAAAGACGUACCGCCAAGCAAUUUAGCGUUCCGGUACGAUGUCGUGUAGAAACCGAAAAGGGGUGUGGAUUUUCAUCCUCCUCCUAACAAGUUAGCCCGCUUCCAUCUUAGACUGCAUCAUCACUUACCAUCAGGUGAGAUUGUAGUCAAGGGCUAACUUGUAAAGAAUAAAAAAAAAAAGUGAAAAUUUUCACAAAAAAUUACUUAGCCUACAAUCUCAUUGAAUCUGCAGAGCUCAAAGAGUUUAUAAAAGAAUUAAACCCAGCUUAUCAAUUACCUAAUCGCAAGACAUUAUGGAAUGCUUUAUUAACAAACUUAUACAACCAAACAAACUAAUAGUGAGUCAGAAAUCGAUAAUUCAGAAUAUGUGAGCAUAACAACUGAUGGCUGGACAUCCGCUCCCAACAACAAAUAUAUUGCAGUACUUAACGGAACAUUUUUUUAACCAACAGGCAGAACUUAAAUCUUUUUUUAUUAGAAUGCAUUCAGUUUCCAGACAGACAUACUUACAAAAACCUAGCAGAACGACUUUAAAAAAUUACAGACGCUUGGGAAAGUAAAGUUGAAAUUGUCGCAGCGACGAGUGACAAUGCUUUCAACAUUAAAGGUGCAAUUAGAAAAAAUAAGUGGAAGCAAAUACCUUGUUUGGCUCACACCCUCAACCUGAUUGCACAAUCAGUUUUAAAAGAAAUAAAAGACGUCACCAUAAAAUUCAAUGACACGUGUCAUUAUUCAAGAUCAACCCAUAUUCGGCUCACUGCUUAGCUCGAGUCUCCUCUCAGAAUGAGAGGGGUUAGGCCAAUAGUCCACUACGCUGGCCCAAUGCGGAUUGGCAGACUUCACACACGUAGAGAAUUGAGAAUAUUCUCUGAUACCUAUGCAGAUUUCCUCACGAUGUUUUUGCUUUACCGUUCGAGACACGUGACAUUUAAUUUCUUUAAAUGCACACAACUGAAAAGUUGAGGUGCAUGCCCCGGACUGGAUUCGAACCCACACCCUUCGGAAUCGGAGGUUAUCUGUUAUCACGGCUCUUACAUCAAUAUAAAUCUCGCAUGAUAUCAGUUAGUACAUUAACUGACACGCACGUACGUUUUUUUCCGAAUGGAACAAAUUCCGCGCGUACGUAACGAAUACGAGCCCUUGCGAUAAUACUUUGGGUAAUACUUUAGACAAUACAAUACUUUAGGUAUCAACGGUUAUGCAAGGGCGACAGAGCAUCACCUCGCGUGUAUGUAGGGUAUACCCGCACCUUAUUUCGGAGAAACCAUAAAGAUUGCAUACUUAUUAUAUUAUCUACCUACAUACUGAAUACUGCGUGGUAAAUAUAAAGAUAGAUUCUAGUCAUUAAUUCAAUCAAGCCAUUCAUCUUAAUCCAAGUUAUCCAUUAGUCAAUAGGCUAGUUGACACUUUUUAAAUAGUCUUCAAUUGUUUAGUAUGUUCUACUAGAUUGAAUAAACAUAUAUUUUUGAGAGGUGAUUACAUGAAAAUUUUAGUUUUUAAAUAUUAUGUUUUUGACAAUACGAGCCAAAACGCUUGUCGUCCAUGAUGGUCUAUAUUUCAACUGUUUCAUGACGUCACUAUAACAAAUCCCUUACAAAUGGAGCGUUUGACAAAACUAUUAGUUAACAAUUAGUUACACGUUUAGUACAUAAAGUAACAUAAUUACGUCACAAAAUGGACGACAGCGUUUUUGACCAUGUAAAAAAUACAUGAUUUUUAAAUUAAGGUUUAUAUGAAAUUCCUAACUUUUAUUAAUUCAUAUCGAUAUAUUUCGGAAUUCCAUGUACUACGUGCCCUUAUUCCAUGUACUACACGAAAUUAAUAUUGCUUAUAUUAAAUUUGAUAUGAGUCAACUACCCUAGCUUUUACCGUUGUAGGUAAGCUGCUGUAUCGAUACGGACUGUAUGUAGUCCUGAGUUUCAGGACUAUAUCUUACAUACUGCUUUUUGAAAAGAGAUAGAAAUCAAACGUCUUUGUAGCUUAAAUUAUUUUUAUAAGCUUUAAAAUGUUUUCAAUUAUUUUUUUUCUUUUUAAAAAAGACAAAAAUUAGUACAUAUCAAAGGUCCUAUAUAUUGGUAUUUUAUUCAAUAUUAUUAACUUUGACUUUUUAAAGUUAAGGCCAUAUCUGACGAUUUAAUCUUCGUACUUUAUUGAAUUUAUUUCCAAAUGAGCUUAAUCAUGAGGUCACAAAACUUUUUAUAUUCGAUCCUUUUUCUUGGUAUUUUUCUAUAAAAAAAAAUUGUUACUAAUCACUUUUCAAUACGUGCAAUUUUAGAAUCUUAUGGCUGGACGUCCAUUGUCUACUAAAAUCUGUUUUUUUUUUAAUUCUUCUUUAUUUAACGAGGGUUUGUUCAAACUAAAAUCUAAUUAAAAUGAAAUCGGUAUUUUAAUUUUUAUACAUUACCUACUGUACAUUUUUUAUUAAAUUCAAAAUUUAUUUAUUUCAAGUAGGCUCAGUUUACAAGUACUUUUGAUUAUUACAUAAAAUUAAAAAGCCGGACAAGUGAGAGCCGGAUUCGCCCACCGAGAGAUCCGUAGGAUCAUAAAAUAUUUUAGGAUUCGAAUUGCGCAAAUUUUACCCAGCUUUUCCCGACAUUCAGUGUCAAACACUUCUUCGUUUUUAAGAUUUAAUUAAAAAUAUACAUUAGAGAUUUUUCUUGUAGAUACUUGUGCUCUAUAACGAUGCUACUUGCCAAAUACAGUUGCAGGUCAAGAGGCUUUUUUGCUGAAAAAAACGUCGUAUCUUUUUUUACACAACUUCAUGGGACCGUAGACCUGAGUAUCGGUUUCAUCAACUCUAUAUUCCGUGCAUUGCAUUGAUAUUAUAUUUCCAUGCAUUCCCGAUAUAAAGGGUCUUGAUAGACAGUCAGACAGACGGAAAGUAAUCUUAUAGGGGUUUCGUUUUAUCUUUUUCAUAUAAAGAACCCUAAAAACUAAAAUUUCGAUUGAAAAAUUAAGUGGGGGUAAGAGAGGGGAAAAUACUUUACAACUAGAAAUGAUGCGAACCUGUAAUAACAAUCUCAGAAAAAAAACAUUUAUAAUAGUUAUUCGUAAUUUAAUCACUAUGUAUGUAUUAAAUAAAUUCAUAACAACUAACUAAAGGAAAUUUUGAAGGUCAGUCUCUUAGCUUACUAUCAAGUAAGGUCAGAACAAAAAGCUAAAUUACGUAUAAAUAAAAUGUAAUCAUAAAAAAAAAUAUUUUUGAACACCCAAAAUAGUAGACAAUGGACAUUCAGUCUAAAGAUUGAGAGAAUGGAUGAAUUGACUGAAACAUAGGAUAAAUGUAUAACUAGUCUUUAAAUCGUGCUAUGUUUUCUUUAUAAGUAUAAAGACGAGAUACUACCUGUAAUGAUAAAUAUUGUAAUCGACCCGUUAGAUAUAUCUAUCGAUCUGUAUACAAAUAGAUAAUAAACUUGAUUUUUUUGUUAACGGUAAAAGCUGAUACCUAUUUUAAACACCACGAAAUUGUGCGAUUUCUAUUAAAUAAAUUUUAAAUUACUUUUUUUGUUGACGGUACCGAUUUGUUAAUAAGCAAAAAGUUACGAGUACGUCUUUCGGUAAUUAUUUUAAAUAGUAAAAUAAACAAGUUAAUUUAU